AAGCAAACGAGCACUCUGAUCAAGACUGCCUCCUCGAACAGCUGUCUCGACCGGAGACGAUCCGCCACAGACUACACGUACGUACGGCUGUAGAGCUGCAGGCUGUUGGACAGCAACUUUCGUUCCUGCCUUGAUUGCUCGACUUUCGGGUUUGAUCGCGGCCUUUUUGCGAAAACCGAUAGCUUGCGAGAAGAGCAAAGCUAGGCGAAAGGCAGCCAUUUUUUUUUUCUUCGCCUUCUUCAUCAUACCCCAUCUUCCAUCGUCGCCGUCGUUGUCAUCGUCGUCGUCAAAGAGAGAAGGAAAGAAGAGACGAUGCUGGCUCCACUGCUCGCUGCACUUGCAUCGGUCGCUGGCCUUGCACAGGCUGCAGACGUCAACCUUGACUGGCAGGUCGGUUGGGUCAAUGAUGUCAACCCAGACGGACUGGCGUCGAGGAGAGCCAUUGGUGUCAACGGACAGUGGCCGCCGCCCAUCAUUAACAUCAACUCGACCGACGCACUCAGUAUCAAGUUGACAAAUGCCUUUGGCGAUGGCACCAGCACCUCGCUGCAUUCUCACGGCAUGUUCUUUAACAACACCAACUACUACGAUGGCGCCGUGGGCAUCACCCAGUGCCCGAUCCCCGACGGACAAUCGAUCACGUACGAGCCCCUCAACUCGAAUCUGAGCCCGGCCGAGCGUAAAUCGCAGUGGGGCACCUUCUGGACCCAUGGACACUACUCCGGUCAGUACGUCGACGGUCUGCGCACGCCGAGCAUCAUCCACAAUGCCGCCGGCGAGGUGCACCAGUACGACGAAGACUACACCAUUAUCCUCGCAGACUGGUACCACCGCGAGCACCAGGACCUCCUCGUCAAUGACUUUCUCAACACCAAGAACCCGAGUGGCGCAGAGCCCGUGCCAGACUCGGCCCAGCUCUACAUUGCACACACGCCCGCCAACGGCACGGCAACCUACCUCGAGGGCUUCAACGAGAACUCGACGCUGCCGUUCCAGACGGGCAAGAGCUACCGUCUCCGGCUGAUCAACAUGUCGGCCCUUUCGAUGUUCCACUUCUGGAUCGAGGGCCACGACAUGCAGAUCAUCGAGGCCGACGGCGUCGACAUGGAGGCCUUCCCCAUCGACUACGUCACCCUCAGCGUCGCCCAGCGCUACUCUGUCCUCGUCCAGGCACGCAACGACACGUCGCAGAACUGGCUCAUGCACGCCAACAUGGACCCAGAGAUGUUUGACCAGGUGCCGGAUGCGCUCCAGCUCAACAUCACCUCGACGAUCUCCUACGGCGCCGACAAGGCCAACGUGGGAUCCGACCGGCCCACACUGGACGCCUACGACAUGUUUGACGACACCCAGCUCGUGCCGUCGGCCGUCGAGCCCAUGGUGCCCGCCGACGUGUCGCACGACCUCAACGUCUUCUUCACCACCUACUCGGACGGCAAGAACUACGCCAGCUUCAACAACAUCACCUACGUCCAGCCGCUGGUGCCCUCGAUUCUGUCGGCAAAGACGACGACGGACGUCAGCCUGCGAGCGAACCCGGCCACGUACGGGCUCGAGAGCAACGCCUACGUCGUCAACCACCUCAACAUGGUCGAGCUGACCAUCUACAACUGGGACGCCGGCUUCCACCCCUUCCACCUCCACGGCACCCAGUUCCAGGUCGUGCACAAGAGCAUGGACGUCACGUCGGACGACCCGACGGUGAACCCGCCGUUUGUCGAGGGCAAGGCCAACCCGAUGCGAAGAGACACGGUGACGGUGCCGUCGGGCGGGAGCGCCACGCUGCGCUUCCGCGCCGACAACCCGGGCGCCUGGUUUCUCCACUGCCACAUCGACUGGCAUCUCUCGUCGGGUCUUGCCGCCAUCGUCCUCCAGGCGCCCGAGAUUGUGGCGCAGAACCAGACACUGCCGAGCGAGAUUGCGUCGCAGUGCGCCGCGCUGGGCAUGCCCACGAGUGGCAAUGCCGGUGGCGUUAUGAACUCCGUCACCAACUUUGGCACUUUGAGAAAGGCACCCGCCCUCCUCACGACGGGCUGGACCGCGACGGCCGUCGGCACCUUUACGGCCUGCCUCAUCACUGCCCUCCUUGGUAUUGCCACCAUCUGCUGGUACGGCUUCUCGUCGGGCCUCCAGGAGGACGAGGACGAGGCCAAGGGAGAAGGAGAGACACAGACGCAGACACAAACACAAACGCAGACGUAGAGGAAGCUUACAUCAUGGGCCCCAGGACGAGGGUGGGGAGGGAAGGCAGUUGCUGUGCUCCUUCUCCUCCUCCUCCUCCUCCAACCGCGUCGCCCCGUUCUUGGCAGUCAUGUACUUUCUUGCUUGGAAUCUUCAUCUUGGAAUGGAAGUGAGC